ACUACGGCGCAAAGCAUGGCAACUCUAAGCCCCACAAAACCGGUCUCCACCGCUGCGCACCUCUGCCUUUUUCUGUUGACCGCCUCGGCCUGGAUGGCACUGCCGGGACCCGUGCGCUGUGACGGCGGGGUGGACCGUACGUUUGACACGGGCGGCGGAGACGGAGGCUCCCCGCUGGGCUUACAGAGGAACGGUGAAGAGGAAGCCUUCGGCGCGGGGCGCUCACCCCGCUUCAGGAGAGCACUGUCCCGGGAAAAACAAAUGUCCCUGCUCAGCAGCUCGUUCGUGCUCAAAGGGGACGCGACCCACAACCAGGCGAUGGUCCACUGGACAGGAGAGAACAGCAGCGUCAUCCUGAUACUGACCAAGUACUACCAUGCUGACUCCACCAAGGUCCUGGAGAGCUCACUGUGGAGGUCUACUGACUAUGGCACCACCUACACCAAACUCAACCUGAUGCCAGGCACAACCAUUGUGGUGACCAGUUUCUACAUCUGCCCGACCAACAAGAAAAAGGUAGUGCUGGUGGGUUCCUCCAUAAAUGAAAGGGAUCAGAUGCUGUUUAUCAGCACCGAUGAAGGUUCCUCCUUCCAGCGACAGUCCAUCGCCUUCACCCCAGACACACUCAUCUUCCACCCCAAGGAAGAAGACAAGAUCCUUGCCUACUGCAAGGAGGGCAGGCUCUUUGCUUCUACAGACCUGGGCCGCAAAUGGACUUUGCUUCAGGAGCGGGUGACCAAGGAGAGAGUCUUCUGGUCUGUAUCUGGUGUGGAUGUGGACCCUGAUCUGGUGCACAUGGAAAUGCAAGAUACGAGUGGAGGUUACCUGUAUGUUACCUGUCUCAUCCAGAACUGUUCGGACAAAAUGGUGACGGCUCAGUUCCUCGGCAAAAUCGACCACAACUCAUUGUUGGUGCAGGAUGACUACAUAUUUGUCAAGGUCACCACAGGAAAUCGUACCAAGUACUAUGUGUCCUAUCGGCGCAACGAGUUUGUCCAGAUGAGGUUUCCCAAGUACGCCUUGCCAAAGGAUGUUCAGAUAGUGAGUUCGGACGAGAACCAGGUCUUCCUCGCCCUCCAGGAGUGGUACCAGUCAGAUACAUAUAACCUGUACCAGUCAGACCCCCAGGGCGUCUACUACUCCAUCAUCCUGGAAAAUGUUCGCAGCACCAAGCAGCCAGAGGAGAAUGUCCUCAUUGACAUCCUGGAGGUACGUGGAAUCAAAGGUGUCUUCCUGGCCAAUCAGAAGAUCGAUGGCAAAGUGAUGACUCUCAUCACCUAUAACAAAGGACGAGACUGGGAACCCUUGGCCCCACCUACCACUGACAUGAAUGGCAAGCCAAUUAGCUGCAAAGCACCAGACUGUCACCUCCACCUGCACUUGCGCUGGGCGGACAACCCCUACGUGUCUGGGACUGUCCACACCAAAGACUCUGCUCCAGGUCUCAUCAUGGGUGCCGGUAACCUUGGCUCCAAGCUAGUGGAAUAUAAAGAGGAGAUGUACAUCACUUCAGACUGCGGAAAGACAUGGAGACAGGUUUUUGAGGAAGAGCAUCACAUCCUGUACCUGGACCACGGUGGGGUCAUUGUUGCCAUCAAGGACACCUCUAUUCCCCUCAAGAUACUCAAGUUUAGUAUUGAUGAAGGACAAACGUGGACCAUUCACAACUUCACCAGCACCUCUGUGUUCGUUGAUGGACUCCUGAGCGAGCCAGGAGACGAGACCCUGGUUAUGACUGUGUUUGGCCACAUCAGCUACAGGUCUGACUGGGAGCUGGUCAAAGUGGACUUCAGGCAGUCUUUCCCCCGUCAGUGUACUGAGUCUGACUACGACCCCUGGCAGCUCACAGACCUGCAGGGAGAGAAAUGCAUUAUGGGCCAGGAGCAGAGUUUCAGGAAGAGAAAAGAUACAGCAUUCUGCAUCAAAGGAAAGAGCUACACCUCUGCUCUCACCACCAAACCCUGUCAAUGCACAGAGAAAGACUACAACUGUGACUACGGUUUUGAGCGGUCCCAAACAGAGGGCGAUCGCUGCUUCGCUGACUUCUGGCAUGAUCCAGACUCACCACCUGAAGACUGCCAUCUUGGACAAACCUACGAGUCCACCACAGGCUACAGGAAGGUGAUAUCUAAUGCAUGUGAAGGGGGGCUAAACAGGCAGCAGAGCGCCAAACAACACAACUGCCCUCUGCUGCCCCCUAGAGGACUACAGGUCGGCAUCAAAGGGCAGAUGCUGGCUGUAGCGCCUGGUGAUGACAUCACAUUCAUUGUCCACCAGGAGCAGGGCGACACCAGCAGCACCAAGUACCAGGUGGACCUCGGUGACGGGGUUCGGGCCAUUUACCAGAACCUGACGGUGACAGAUGAACCCAUCCAGCAUCGCUACGAAAACCCAGGCGUUUACAAGGUUACAGUGAAGGCCGAGAACAUGGCAGGGCACGACGAGGCCACCAUGUACAUCCAGGUCACAGCUCCUCUACAAGAAGUACACCUAGAAGUGGUUCCCAUCGCUGGGAGAAACCAUGAGGUCAAUCUGACAGCCAUAGUUCUUCCCACUGAGGCCAACCUGACUGUCUUCUACUGGUGGAUAGGAGAUAACCUGCGGCCCACGCUGACUCUGCAGAACAGCCUUCUGACUCGUUUCCCUGAGACAGGAGAGGUUUCAGUCACCGUCCAGGCUUCCAAUGGCCGGUCCAUGGUGCAGGAUACCAGGACUGUCCAAGUCUACGAUAACUUCCAGGUCAUCCCUCUGAGCUUCAGCAGGAACCUGGACCACUUCAACCCAAACAUCCCAGAGUGGAGAGAGGACAUUGGCCAGGUGGUCACCAAAAUACUUGCUAAGAUCACAGGUGUUCCUCAGGAGUCCCUGGUUACGGUGGUGAAGGCAGGCCUCCCCACCACUGCUGACCUGUAUGUUCUCCCCCUGGACAGCAAACCAGCCAAGAGGAGCGUGUUUGUAGAUAAGCGUAUUCCAGCCAUCAUGCAGGCCUUCAAUGACAACAAUGUCAGCUUUGUGGUGCGAGGAGGUCUACAAGUGCUGGUGACGCUAGCUGACCCAAAUGCAGGGCUAGGUCUAAUUGCUAAUGACUCAACAGCUACAGCAGCAGAGACUGGUUACCAUGGAGCAGCCGGAGGUCCAGGUGUUUGGGCUCUAGCAGUCAUUUUCCUGAUCACCAUCAUUGCCACGGGCUCUUUCAUCCUCUACAAGUUCAAAAGUCCUUGGCUUAGGACUGAGGAUGCCUAUCCCCCACUGUUUUUCAGGAAGCUCCCAGGCAGCCGCAACGUCUAUGCCCAGAUGCACAACGAGAAGGAGCAGGAGAUGACCAGCCCCGUCAAUCACAGCGAGGACACCCAGCACAUCAUCCAGGGCGAGGAGUUCAUUGACGACGACCUGGAUUCGCAGACUCUAGGCAACCAUUCGGGUGUGGUCCUGAGCAUCAACUCCAGAGAACUACACAGUUACCUAACCAGCUGAUGGCUGCCAUGACAACGCUAACAAGCUAGCCUAGCCUAGGCUAGCCGGCAAUCGAGCACAGGGACUCCACUUUGCCUUCCUCCUUCUCUCUCCUUUCCUUUUUUUCUUUUUACUUCUCCUUGGACACUUGGUCUCCACUCCACAGCCUCCUAAACCCUUCAGCUCCAGCUUUGGUGAUUUUUU